AUGGAGGAAGAAGUUUGGGAGUCUGAUGUAUUUGACCAAGAUGAUGACGCAGAAUGGCGGAAAAUAGCAGAAAAAUCUGCAUCAGAGGAAGAGUAUUUGGAAGAAGAAGAGCUACUGAUCGAAGAGAUUGACUGCGACGAUCCUGUUGCAUUAUACAACGAGACAUUGGAGAUCAUCGUUGAAGAGACAAAUAGGUAUGCUAAACAGUGCAUAGUGAGUGCAUAUGGCAGGAGACAACAUCAACAAGCAUGGAACUCCGCUACAAAAAGUGAAUGGAAUACCUUUACUGGUAUCUUGCUUAUUAUGGGUACAGUGCAGGUACCCAAAACUCGACUAUAUUGGUCCAAAAAGGAGAU